ACCUCUCACCGUCCUUUGCAUGUUGUGCUUUGAGCGUGGCGUCAUGAGGAGAGACAGUGAUAACCGUCUGGCGCUCUCGUCCAAGAAACCAUGCCGGGGCCAGACUGACUUUGGGCGAGAGCUGCAGAGGCUGCGUGCUGACUGGGAAGCAGAGAAGAGGCGGACGCAGCAGGCCCGCGGACACCUUUCUGUGGAGCUGAAGCACCUGCGGGAAGAAGCUGAGCAGGACCAGCAUAGGGCUGUGAGGGAGCAGGCGGCCAGACGAGGGUGCCAAAAGGACUCUGACAGAUACCUGCGUCUGCUGGAGAAGGAGGUGAACACUAAACAGACAGACAGAGGCCAAAACAGAGAGUCUACAGAAAAAGAGGCUUUCUGUUUGUGCAGAGACUCUCAUGCAAAACUGGAGCAGUUGCUUCUGACUCUCUAUGAGGAGCUAAAUGGUGGGCAGGCGGUCUAUAAAUUGCAUCAGAGGGAGGAAUUUGAGCUAGAAAAAGCCGUGUUCCUCUGCCACCUGCUCGAGGCCCACGGGAGACUAUUGCUGGGGAAGCACAGAACAGGACACCCCAGCUACACUUUAAAAAGUCUCCCAAGAAAACCAGCUCAGGAGGACGUCAGUAACUCCUCUCAAAAAAAAUCUCGCCUAACAGCCUCGCCGCAGAGAUCCCAGAGUGCCUCCAACUCACCGAAGAACAAAACCAAACAGGAUCGGAGUGAGCGGCCUUUAGGGAGGGCCGUCAGUGCAGCUGACCCCUGCACCGCGGCUGCAGGCGUGGACACCUGUCAGAGCGGCUCUCUGAAAAUUUGUCACCCUCCAAACGCUCCCCAUGCAGGCUGGGACGACCCCCAUUGCGGAGAGUCCUCUGGGUCAGACGAGUCAUCGCCCUCCAAAUGCAUGGACAGAAAUAUGGAGAAUGGCACUGACUACAGCCUCCUGGUGCGUCAGAACUCUGAACUGCUGCGAGCCCUGGACGAGCUGGAGAAGACCUGCACCACGCUGAGGGAGGAGAACGGCCUGCUGCGGAAAAGCAGCGCCCCAGAGACGGAGGAGAAGGUCAGGCGGCUGAGGAGGAAGAACACAGAGCUGGCUGUUCUCGCCAAGAGGCUGGAAGAGAGAGCUCGGAAGCUGCAGGAGGCCAACCUCAGAGUGGUGAAUUCUCCGUCGCUGAUGAGACCCGGGUCGGUGGAACAGUACAAGAGGGCGUUCGCCCGUCAGCGAGCUCGUGACCUCGCGCAGCACGCUGAUGCUCUGCUGUCCAAAGACAAAGAGAUCGCUGCCCUCCAGCAGGAAUGCAGAGAGCUGGAGGCUCGGCUCGGCAGCGGCAAGGGCUCCUGUCUCCCAUCUGGCCGAGUGGAAUUUGAGAGGCUCCUCAGGGAGUCUCAGAGGGAGGUGCUGCGCCUCCAGAGGCAGCUGUCCGUCACAUCAUCCACACAGAAGCACGACCAGAGUCCCGACCCCGGGGGCCCCCAGAGGUGUGGGGACAUUCAGGAGGAGGAGGAGGAGGAGGAGGAGGAGAAGGUUGGAGGAGAGACCCCGUGUGUGGGAUUAGAUGAAGCUCCAUCCAGGUGUGAGAAGACUCCCGGAGAGGAGGAGGAGUCGGGGCCGCGAGUAACGCCCCAACCGGGCCUUAGCCCGACCCCCUCCCAUCAGGAGGAGCGCACAGAGGAGCAGCACCUACAGUUUCUGGAAAGCGAGCUGAGCAAGAAGAGAAAAGAAUGUGAAAACCUUGAGCAUGAAGUAAAGAAGCGACAGAAGAGAUGUCUGGAUUUGGAGAGCCAGCUUGAGGAUGAGCGAGGCAAAAAUGAGCAACUAAAGGAGGAGGCAGAUCUCCUCAGGAGGAAGGCACAGCUGCUCGACCAGACUCGGGCUGAGAAUGAGGAGCUGAGGGAAGAUCUCUCUGAAGUGACCGCUCAACACAAUUCAGUUCUCGAGGAGAACCAGAGACUCCGUGCCAAACUGGAGAACCUAGAGCAGGUCCUAAAGCAUAUGCGAGAGGUCGCCGAGCGAAGGCAGCAGCUGGAAUUGGAACAUGAGCAGGCACUGGCUAUCCUUAAGUUCAAACAGGAUGAAAUCAAACGGUUACAGCGGGCUCAGUUAUACGCGAAGAGGGAGCAUGAGGGAGUGGUUCAGAUGCUGGAGUCGAAGGUACGAGAGCUGGAGGACAAAUGUCGCAGCCAGAGCGAACAGUUUGGCUUGUUGUCCCAGGAGCUGGAGAAGUUUCGACUGCAGGCCUCCAAGGUGGACAUGGGCGGCUCCGGCCUCCUCCUCACCAACCCCGGCCUCUCUGUUCUGACCAACGGGGUGGGCCUGACUACAGAGCGAGAUGUGGCCGCCGCGCUGCGGCUCGGGGCCACGCCCCACGCCGCCGGGCUGUCCAGGGUGGAGCGCUCGCCCGUCACCAAGCACCGGGAGCUGCCCACCAUCAGCGUCAGCAAGUCAGGCUCCACCUCCAGCAAGUCCGAGACCGCACACCUCACCCCCAAGUCUGACACCCACCUCAGUCCGCACAAGUCGAGCCCAACGCACGAGGUGGACACUGCCAGUGAAGUGGAGGAGCUGGACAUCGACGUGGCCCCGGCUCCGUACACGGUCAGCAGAGGAGCCGCAAAGCUUCAGGUUUUCAUUGCAAGAUACAGCUAUAAUCCGUACGACGGCCCCAAUGACAACCCUGAAGUGGAGCUUCCUCUCACUGCCGGAGAAUACAUCUACGUGUACGGAGACAUGGACGAUGACGGCUUCUAUGAAGGUGAGCUGAUGGACGGGCGCAGAGGGCUGGUCCCCUCUAACUUUGUGGAACGCGUAUCGGACGACGAUGUCAUGAGCACUCACCACCCAGAGACGGCGGACAUGUCCCAUAACUCCCUGCUCGACAGCAGCCUGCACAGUGCCAGCCACCAGCAUCACCUCCACGCGGGCGUCGGCGCCUCGGACCGGACCGAGGCGUCCGCCGCCUCCGGCCCCGCCUCAGCCCCCUCAGAUUCAGCAUCGGCCUUGGCUGUCCCAGCCCCCCUCACCAACGGCCUGGACUUGGAUUUGGAGGAGGUGGGAGUGGACAUUGUGCCUUACCCACGUAAGCUCACCCUCAUCAAGCAGCUCGCCAAGAGCAUCAUCAUCGGCUGGGACCCUCCGCUGGUGCCGGCGGGGUGGGGCAACGUGUGGAGCUACAAUGUGUUUGUGGACCAGGAGCUGCGGCUCAACGUGCCCUUCGGCGCCCAGACCAAAGCGGUGCUGGAGCGGCUGGACGUAAACCUCAAGGCCUACCGCGUGUCGGUGCAAAGCCUGACGGAGAAGGGCCCCUCGGACCAGCUGCGCUGCAGCAUGCUGGUCGGUCGGGACGUUUCCGUGGCGCCCACGCAGCUGCGCGUGGAGAAGAUCACCGCCACCUCUGCCAACCUGACCUGGCUGCCCAGCAACAGUAACUAUGUGCACGUUGUGUCCUUGAACGAGGAGGAGUGUGAGCUGGUGAAGGCUGGCUGCUGCUCGCUGUGCCUCAAUAACCUCCUGCCCAGCCUGCAGUACUCCGUCAAGGUGGAGGCACGGCCGCACCGCACGCCGUGGGAGUUACCUGUGGAGCGGCGGGAACACAGGAGCGCCACCAUCACCUUCAGCACGCUGAUGGCAGGUCCCCCUGAUGCUCCUCUGGACGUGCAGCUGGAGCACGGUCCCUCCCCGGGCAUCGCCCUCGUCAGCUGGCUGCCGGUCACUAUAGAUGCUGCCGGGACCUCCAACGGAGUCCGUGUCACCGGAUACACGCUUUAUGCCGACAAGAAAAAGGUGCUGGAGGUGUCUUCCCCGACAGCCGGCAGCGCCCUGCUGGGCCCCUCUCAGAUGCAGUCCCUGCUGGCAGCUCAGGAGCUCACCGUCCGCACCAUGUCCGCCCACGGGGAGUCCUGCGACUCUUUGCCAGUCAAUGUGCCCUCCAAGCUGGCCGCCAUCAUGGCGGGUCCGGCUGUCGCCGCCCCAGUUGUGCCAGCCCUCCCCUGCCCCCCCGCGGGCGCCAGUAACCUGCCCUCCUCGCCGUCCUACGGGAACUCUGCUGCCAAAGUCUCCAUGCUGCCCAGCGCUCUGCCGCCAGACUCAACCGUCUCCGGCCUCACAGCGGAGGCUGCUGCCAACUCCCCCCACGCCCUCCACCCCGACGCGCUCCUCGUACCUGCUUCGUACGUGAAGGCCUGGGCCAGCCCCGCCUCUGCUGCUGCCUUGGCUGUGUGUGAGGCCACGUUACCGGUCGCCUCCACCAUCACUCCAGUGGUGAGUGUGACCUCUCUGCCGACCUCAGCACCUCAGCAGUCUCCAGUAGCAGCACCAGCACUGGUACCAGUGUCACCAGUAUCAGCAGCAGUGUUGGAGCAGCGCAGAGACACAGACAGUCCCGGGACGAUCCGUCCUUUCCCGUCUCUCACAGAGUUCAUCGAGGACUCCAGUGCCAAGCUCGGGACCCCCGAGCGCAUCCCCACCCCGCCCAAAGCCCCCAUCACGGACUUCCUCAACCCUCAGGACACGAACCUGCACCGACCCCCCAGCACCUCCCCGCUGGAGUCCGAGGCAGAGGAGGAGCUGGAGAACACGCGGCUGGUGUCCAUCGAGGAGUUCUUGAGACAGGACCAGGACCCGGUGUUCUGCGGGAAGCAGCAGAGUUACAGAGGAGGGCUGGUGGAGCCUCCCAGUGAUUAUCACGCAGACAACAGCCGCUCAGAUCUGUCCGACAUCCUGGAGGAGGAGGAGGAGGACCUUUACUCCGACCACCUCGGAGAAGCACAGGCCAGAGGCUACACGGUCGCAGCUAACAGGUCACGCAAGUUGGAGACCCCCGACAGUGACGAGGAGGUCCUCGAGAGGAUCCUAAAGUUGCCUCCUCAGCUUCCCCAAAACACGCAGCUGUUCAGCAUCCCCGAGGUGACGGAGGAGGAGGACAGCAGCCAGGAGGAGCCGUUAACCCACCGCGGUCGGCCCCGGCCCGGCCUCCUCCGCCACAGAGACGCGGAACGCCUCCACCAUCCCUCCCAGCAUCACCCGCACGUCCCCCCCCACCAUCACCACUUCAACAGACCUCUAACCAAAGAGCCUUUUCUCAGGCACGGACCCUCGCAGGUCAGGCCGAAGACGCAGCACAGGGUGCACUACGCAGACACGGUGGACACCAUCAGUUACCCCGAGGAGGCGGACAUGUGUUCGUACGGGGGUCCCGGCGGCAGGCGGCCCUCGGCCCGCUGUCCCCCCCAGCUGACCCCCACCAGCAAAGCGCUGCUCAGAGGGCUAGGGGACCGCCUUAGGAGGGAGGCCAUGCUCAGGAGUCAGAUGGCUGUCGCCGCGGCAGCCAACCCCGGCUAUGGUCUUACCCCGCCAAGACCCUACCCAGUCAGCAAAACGGUGCGCACGGUGAGGUCACCGAUCAGUCGCGGGUUAGAGAUCGACGUGGAGUACGGCACGGACGACAACGAGGAGCCGGCGGAGUACGCCGGGGGGGAGGUGGUGGUGGAGCAGAUGAGCUCUGAGUGGUGGGUGGAGGCGGCGCAGGUGGAGCACAGCAGACCUCAUCACCGCCGAGCGCUGAAGGCCGACCCGCCGGUAAACGCCGCAGCAGGCCGACUGCAACCUGAGCCCGGCCAGAUCCCUCCAGCCGAGGCCGGUCCGUCGUGGGGGGCGCAGGCUGAGCUCUCGUCCAAACCAGCGCAGAGCAGGCAACCGAAAGGUGUUGACUCACCAAAGAUGAGGGGAGACAGUGACAUCCGAAUCUUCGUGGCCCUCUUCCCGUACGAUCCCGUCACCAUGUCCCCCAAUCCUGAUGCUGCCGAGGAGGAGCUGCCGUUCACGGAGGGACAGAUCAUCAAAGUUUACGGAGAUAAAGACGCGGACGGGUUCUACCGAGGAGAGUGUGCCGGUCACCUGGGCUACGUGCCGUGCAACAUGGUGUCUGAGAUCCAGGUGGAGGACGAGGACACCCGGCAGCAGCUCCUGCAGCAGGGCUUCCUGUCCACGGCCGCCUCCAUGGAGAAGAUCGGCACUCGCACACACGCACAGCUUCCCCGUCGCCCUGUUCCACCGCUGAAACCGAGACGAUCCAAGAAAGUGGAGUCUGCGGCACUCUGGGAGGAGAGCGUAGACUCCUCCAGUCCAGAUCCCAGCCAGACUGCCCCCGCCCCCGCCCCCCGCCGCCGCCCCUGCAGCAGUGUGGGGAACCCGGCCCCGGGAGCUCGCAGGAUGGUCGCCAUCUUUGAUUAUGAUCCCCGAGAGAGCUCCCCGAACACCGACAUCGAGGCUGAGCUGACCUUCAGUGCAGGAGACAUCAUUCACGUGUUUGGUGACAUGGACGAAGACGGCUUCUUCUACGGGGACUUGAAUGGACACAGCGCGUUGGUGCCGUCCAACUUCCUGCAGGUCCUCCCAGAGGACGCUCCGGCUCAGCCGCACUCUGCUCCGCCUGCACCUGAACCCAAAAAAGAAUCACAGGACACCUGGACGUCUUCUGCGGAGACACGAGACGCCUCGACCCUCGAAGAGGCUUUGCGUCGCCAAACAGAACCUCCCGCCCCGACAGAGCGCGCAGAGCUGCCGCCCAAACUGGAAACCGCUGCAGGCCUCGCGUCACACCUGGACCCUGCUGCUGCAGCUCCGGCUCCGGCUCCGGAUCCAGGUCCAGGUCCAGGUCCAGGUCCAGGUCCAGCAGCAGAGGAGGCCUGCCGCUCCCCUCCAGCCGCCCCCCCGACACAGACGGACGGCUCUGCACAAGGCAAGAAGAAGAAGGGCUUUUUCUCCAAAGGCAAGAAGCUGUUCAGAAAGCUGGGAUCCAGCAAGAAAGAUUGAGAGUCGGGACGCCCGACUCCGAAAAUACUCGCGUCACAUUGAAAGCACUUUUUCUAUCUUCACUGUUAGUCUCAGCUGGUUAGCGGCCAUCAGGUCUAAUAACUGAUGCUUUAACUGCAAAAAAUAAUAAUUAUACGUUUG